CGCCUCCACGGCGAUCAGGGUAGUGUGCGCCGUGGGUGCUGGGGGCUCGAGAACCGAGCGGAGCUGGUUGAGCCUCCAAAGUCCUAAAACGCGCGGCCGUGGGUUCGGGGUUUAUUGAUUGAAUUCCGCUGGCGCAGGAUCCUCUGCAGGGAGAGAGAGAGAGCGCGCGAGAGAUGGAUAUGGACAAACGGAUUUAUUUAGAGCUGCGGAACAGGACGCCCUCUGAUGUGAAAGAACUGGUCCUGGACAACUGUCGGUCAAUUGAAGGCAAAAUCAAAGGCCUCACAGAUGAAUUUGAAGAACUGGAAUUCUUAAGUACAAUCAACGUCGGCCUCACCUCCAUUUCGAACUUACCAAAGUUAAACAAACUUAAGAAGCUUGAAUUAAGCGAUAACAGAAUCUCAGGGGACCUGGAAGUAUUGGCAGAAAAAUGUCCGAACCUUAAGCAUCUAAAUUUAAGUGGCAACAAAAUAAAAGACCUCAGCACAAUAGAGCCACUGAAGAAGUUAGAGAACCUCAAAAGCCUAGACCUGUUUAACUGUGAGGUGACCAACCUGAAUGACUACAGAGAAAACGUCUUCAAGCUCCUGCCCCAGGUCAUGUACCUCGAUGGCUACGACAGGGACAACAAGGAGGCCUCUGACUCCGAUGUCGAGGGCUACGUGGAGGAUGACGAAGAAGAAGAUGAGGAUGAAGACGAAUACGAUGAAUAUGCCCAGCUUGUGGAAGACGAGGAGGAAGAGGAUGAGGAGGAAGAAGGGGAGGAAGAGGACGUGAGUGGAGAAGAGGAGGAGGACGAAGAAGGUUACAACGAUGGGGAGGUGGAUGAUGAGGAAGAUGAAGAAGAUGCUGGUGAAGAAGAAAGGAGUCAGAAGCGAAAACGAGAACCCGAAGAUGAGGGCGAAGAGGAUGACUAAGGGGAAUUAACCUGUUUGGGGAAAUUCCUAUUGUGAUCUGACUGUUUUUACCCCUAUCCCCUCCCCCCUCCUAUUUCUGCCCUCCCCCCCGAAACUUAUUUUUUUCUGAUUGUAGCGUUGCUGUGGGAAUGAGAGGGGAAAAGUGUACUGGGGGUUGCCG